GACACCGGAAGCCGGAAGCGGGGGUUUCGACAGCGGAGAAGGGAAGGGCGACCGCGGAACCGGGACUUUCUGGGGGCGCCGGGGCCGUAGAGCGCCCGCAGUGCGCCGCUCCCGCCCUUCUCACGUCCGACCGACUCUGCUGACAGCCCCUGCCUUGUUGGAUGAGCAGGCACCCCUGGAAGAGCCGGCCGUGUGAGAUGGUGCAGCCCAGCGGUGGCCCAGCAGCGGAUCAGGACGAUCUGGGCGAAGAGUCUUCUCCGGGGAAGCCGGCCAUGUUACAUCUGCCUUCAGAGCAGGGCACGCCGGACACCCUUCAGCGCUCUCUGGAGGAGAACCAAGAGCUCCGAGAUGCCAUCCGACAGAGCAACCAGAUGCUGCGGGAGCGCUGCGAGGAGCUGCGGCGUUUCCAGGACAGCCAGCGAGAGGAGAGGGAGUUCCUCGUAUGCAAGUUCCAGGAGGCCAGGAAGCUGGUGGAGCGACUCAGCCUGGAGAAGCUGGACCUGAAGCGGCAGAGGGAGCAGGCCCUGCAGGAAGUGGAGCACCUGAAGCGGUGCCAGCAGCAGAUGGCCGAGGACAAGGCCUCCGUCAAGGCCCAGGUGACAUCCUUGCUGGGGGAGCUCCAGGAAAGCCAGAGUCGCUUGGAGGCUGCCACGAAGGAACGACAGGCCUUGGAGGGCCGGGCCCGAGCUGCCAGCGAGCAGGCCAGGCAGCUGGAGAGUGAGCGCGAGGCACUGCAGCAGCAGCACAGUGUGCAGGUGGACCAGCUGCGCAUGCAGAGCCAGAGCAUGGAGGCCGCCCUGCGCAUGGAGCGCCAGGCCGCCUCCGAGGAGAAGCGAAAGCUGGCCCAGCUGCAGGUGGCAUAUCACCAGCUCUUCCAGGACUACGACAACCACAUCAAGAACAGCAUGGGGAGCAGUGAGCGCAAGAGAGGCAUGCAACUGGAGGAUCUGAAGCAGCAGCUCCAGCAGGCAGAGGAGGCCCUGGUGGCCAAGCAGGAAGUGAUUGACAAGCUGAAAGAGGAGGCCGAGCAGCACAAGAUCGUGAUGGAGACUGUUCCCGUCCUCAAGGCCCAGGCGGAUAUCUACAAGGCAGACUUCCAGGCUGAGAGGCAGGCCCGGGAGAAGCUGGCUGAGAAGAAGGAGCUUCUGCAGGAGCAGCUGGAGCAGUUGCAGAGGGAGUACAGCAAGUUGAAAGCCAGCUGCCAGGAGUCGGCCAGGAUUGAGGACAUGAGGAAGCGGCAUAUAGAGGUCCCCCAGCUCCCCCUGCCCCCGGCCCCAGCCCACCAGUCCUUCCACCCGACCCUGCCCAGCCAGAGGAGAAGCCCCCCCGAGGAGCCGCCUGACUUCUGCUGUCCCAAGUGCCAGUACCAGGCUCCUGACAUGGAUACCCUGCAGAUACAUGUCAUGGAGUGCAUCGAGUAGGCCAGAGGAGUGAGGCCCCCUGCCGAUGACACGCCCAGGGCCGUGUAGCCUGUGCCUUCCCGUGCCGCCUGCUGAGUCCAGGACUAAGGGCUGGGUGACAACCGGGGGACCACUGCCCCAAGCCCGGAGCUGGCUGCAGGGCCCUCUGCUUCGCUGCUUGCUCUGCUGGGUCACCUGGUGUGGUGUGGACAGAGCCCCAGUUAGGCCUGCCGCUCUGCUCUUUCUGUUCCACUCUGUGUGCUUGGGCCUCUUGCCUCUGCACGGCCCCGCCUCCUUCCCUCCUGGGAAAGUCAGGAAUGCAGGGUGUUCUGGGAGAAUCUGGGCAGAGCUGGGCGACUCUGCCUGCCUGGCCCCCAGCUCUCCUGGGCCACGUGGUCUUCCGCUUUGCAGCUGUGCCAUGGUGUGUUUCGCUCGCUGCUGUUGAUGGACGUUCGGGCUGUUUCCAGUCCUUUUGGUCAUAAAUAACGGCACCGUGAACAUC